CGGGAGCGCCCGAGCAGUUAGGGGAAGCCACCAGUGGAGGAGCUGGCGAAAAAAAACGGGAAAGGAGGGAAAGAUAGACAGGAGAGGCAGCGAGACAGUCUCAAGACAAGAGGUGGGGGAAAGAGAGAGAGAGACAGCCCCGAAAGAGAAAAGCGUUUCACCUCGGCUGACCGUCGGUUACGUUACGAAACGUCACUUUGAGGUUUGACAGCAGCAGGAGAGCUGAGGAGGAGAUGUGACUGUGACUGGCCUUUCUUUGGCUUAUUUCACAACCGAGGGGGCAGCAACGUAAACACAGCCGCAGUGAUCCCAGCAUCCCUGGCCUUGUGGAUUAACCGGCUGCCUUUAUCUAAAGGAAAGCCCCAUCGAUUACUGCUCUCUAACAAAGCCCACUGAUUACAGUGAGGGUGUUGGAAAGGUCUUGAUCACAGCUAUGUCAACACUGCAUCGGGAUAGUUCAAGUCUCAAGGGACUACAAUAAAAGAUUGACGGGCCUUCGUGUUUUCAGCCAUUUCAGAUUUUUUCGGACAUCCAUCUUACAUUUUCUGAGUUUCUGUGUCAUUUUGAGCAUGUAUUUUUGAUUCACCUGAUUUAUUCAUUUGUACCAGACACUCUUUCGUCUCUACAGUAUACCCACCAUAUUCUCUUACCAUGUAUGGUAGCUCCCGUUCCGUCUCAAAGCUAGAUGUUGUUGGAUCCAAUGGGAAUGGGUCAGUGUCCGGGAGUCCUGGGCGCUCCCCACGCCUCCCUCGCUCCCCACGUCUUGGACACCGGCGAAACAGCAGCAGCACCUCAGCCGGUGGACUCACUGGCUCCGGUAAAACCCUGUCAAUGGAGAAUAUUCAGUCUUUAAAUGCUGCCUACGCUACGGGGGGUCCAAUGUACUUCACUGACACCAUCGAAGACCCAGUCGGCAUUGGAAGCCUGGGCAGUGGGCUUAAUCCCUCAUUGCCUAAAAGCACCAUGACCCUGGGCAGGGCUGGGGCCAGGGUCCCCUAUGGGGUGAGAGCGGCCAUCAUGGGGAGCAGUCCUAAUAUAAACACUGGAGGAGGAGUGCCCAGUGAUGCAAUCGCAUUUGGAGGGGAAAUGCAGAACCAGCCCUCACAGGCGGCUACUGUGCCCCACUCAAUGAGACAGGUGAGAGAUGGUGCAAUGUCAGACCUGCAGACACAGUUAAGAGAAGUGCUGAGAGAAAACGAACUACUACGCAGAGAACUGGAGGCUAAAGAGUCUAAGCUGAGCUCCUCCAUGAACUCCAUUAAGACAUUUUGGAGUCCAGAGCUGAAGAAAGAAAGGGCGCUGAGGAAGGACGAAGCCACAAAGAUGGCCGUGUGGAAGGAGCAGUACAGAGUGGUCCAGGAGGAAACACAGCAUUUUCAGUGCACCAUCCAGGCUUUACAAGAUGAGCUCAGAAUCCAGCGAGAUCUCAACCAGCUUUUCCAAUCCGAUUACUCAGAGUCUGGUCUCCUCGGAAAUCAGUCCAUCCCGCCUCAGGAAAUGACAGAGGAGAACUUCCUGCGCCUCCAUGGCGAGUAUGAGCGGCAGGUCAAAGAGCUCUUCCUCCUGAGGAAGACUGUGGAAGAAAUGGAGCUGAGGAUAGACACACAGAAACACACAUUAACUGCCAGGGAUGAAUCCAUAAAGAAGUUACUGGAAAUGUUGCAGAGUAAAGGCCUGUCGUCACGGGCAACCGAGGAGGACCAUGAACGAACAAGGCGACUGGCCGAUGCUGAGAUGACCAUCCACCAGCUGGAGGGCCUACUGGAGCAAAAAGAUAAGGAGAUGCUACAACUCAGAGAGGAGCUGCACAGGAGAUACGAAGCAGCUCCAGAAUCAACUAAGACCAAGGCCUUGCAGACAGUCAUCGAAAUGAAGGAUGCGAAGAUCAGCUCAAUGGAGCGCGGCAUUAGAGAGCUGGAGGAGGAGGUGAACAUGCUCAAGUCCAAUGGUGCUCUGAGCAGCGAGGAGAGGGAGGAGGAGAUCAAACAGAUGGAGGUGUACAGAUCCCACUCCAAGUUCAUGAAGAACAAGGUUGAGCAGCUGAAGGAAGAGCUAACGCACAGCCAAUCAGAGAAGGAGGAGCUAAGGCAACGAGCCAAUGAGCUCCAGCGGGAGGUGUCUGCAAUAGAACAGGCUAAACAGGACCUGAGUCGUAAGGACAGUGAGCUGUUGGCUUUCAGGACCAAACUGGAAACUCUAAACAAUCAGUUUUCUGACAGUAAACAACACGUGGAUGUACUCAAGGAGUCACUCACUGCCAAGGAACAGAGAGCCGCUAUACUACAGACCGAGGUGGAUGCGCUUCGUCUGCGUCUAGAAGAAAAGGAAUCUCUCCUUUCUAAAAAGAGUCAACAGAUAUCAGAGCUGACGGAGGAGAAAAGUACUCAGCAUGGAGAGAUCACCGACCUCAAAGACAUGCUGGACGUCAAGGAACGCAAAGUUAAUGUGCUGCAGAAGAAGAUAGAGAACCUGCAGGAUCAGCUGAGGGAUAAAGAGAAACAGCUGGGCGGCCUGAAAGACAGAGUCAAGUCUUUACAGACAGACACCUCAAACACUGACACAGCACUGGGAACACUGGAGGAGGCUCUUGCUGAGAAGGAGCGAAUCAUUGAGCGGUUGAAGGAGCAGCGGGAGAGGGAGGAAAGAGAAAAGGGUGACGAGAUGGAGUCCAGCAAGAAGGAGCUUAAGGACUUGAGGGAGAAAGUCUCCCAGCUGCAGGCUGACCUGGCUGACCGUGAGACUUCAGUGUUGGAUCUGAAGGAAAAGGCUUCCUCUUUGGCUUCAUCCACUCUAAAGAAGGACAACAGGCUGAAGAGUCUGGAGAUCAACCUGGAGCAGAAGAGAGAGGAGUGUGUGAAACUAGAGAACCAACUCAAGAAGGCUCAGAGUGCAGCAGCAGAUUCCCAGGCCAGCGCUGAACUCUGCGAACGCAUCUCCUGCCUGGAGCAGGAAGUAGCCCAGCGCAAAGAGGAAGCUGGGAAGGCUCAAUCCGAGGUGGAACGACUUCUGGAGAUCCUGAGGGAGAUGGAGAAUGAAAAGAACGACAAGGAGAAAAAGAUCCACGAACUGGAGAGAAACCCCUCUGCUUCCCAUCUGUGGCGUUCUCAGCAGUCGCGAAAACAAGCCCCUCCCCCCGCUGGUGCUCAGCAGCCUAUGGGGGAGCUGGUGUGGGACUACCUGGGCACUCUUGCCUCAAGGCAGAUGAAGGACCAGUCGAAGAAGGUGGCCAACCUGAAACACAAGGAACAGCUGGAGAAGAGCAGGAAUGCCCAGCUGAUGGAGGACGCCAAGAAGAGAGAGGACAAUCUGAAUGAAAGCUCCCAGCAGAUAAAGGACACCCUACGCCAGAAGGAAGAACGCAUUGAGGAGCUGGAGGAGGCGCUGAGGGAGAGCGUUCAGAUCACGGCGGAGAGGGAGGUGGUGCUAGCCCAGGAGGAGCAGGCUCGCACACAGUCCGAGAAACAGGUCGAGGACCUGCUGGUUGCCAUGGAGAAGGUGAAACAGGAACUGGAGGUGAUGAAAGCCAAGCUGUCAUCAACUCAACUCUCACUGGCCGAGAAGGAAGGUCACCUGACCGCUCUGCGGGCUGAGAGGCGGAAGCACCUGGAGGAGGUCCUGGAGAUGAAGCAAGAGGCGCUGCUGGCAGCCAUAAGUGAGAAAGACGCCAACAUCGCCCUGCUAGAGCUCUCCUCAUCCAAGAAGAAGAAAACCCAGGAAGAGGUGGCAGCUCUGAAGAGGGAAAAGGAUAGUCUGGUUCAUCAGCUCAAACAGCAGACUCAAAACCGGAUGAAGCUGAUGGCGGACAACUAUGAGGACGACCACCUGAAGGUCUCCUCUCCAAACUCAGAGCAGCCCAACAAUCACAAGCCCUCCCCAGACCAGAUUCUCUCUCCUCUCCUGGAUCUCAAUCAAAAUCGCAGCAAACUGAAGCUGUACAUCAGCCACCUGACCUCACUGUGUCAGGAGCGGGACCCAAUCAUAUUGCAGGACUUUGCCCCGCCCCCUGCCUAUCACCGCUCUGACUCCGCCUCCUGGCAUACACAGCUGCACAGCAUGACGCAGGAACAGUUGGAGGCGGAGUUAGCGCUGUGCGAAAGAGAGGGGGCGGAGCUCCAGGAAUAUGCCAACCAGGUCCUGCAGCAGAUUGCCGACCGAUGCCCCGACAUUUUGGAACAAGUCGUCAACGCGCUGGAGGACAGCUGCUGACACACGAAUGCACACGCACCAACUAAAACGUAAAUAAGCUGACGCACAUACAUGAAUUAGCAAGCAGAGCAAGCAAACAUUUAACACUCGGCCACAUACACAGGACCUUCAGAAGUCUCCAGAAAGCCAACAUAAUCGCCCGAUACACACAAAAAAAUCACAAUGUUGGACAUGAAGAUGAAGACUUUCUCAUCCACCUGCUCUUCUUCACAACAGGGGAUCUACAAAAGAAAAAUACUGAAAAAUAUUAAUCCACGGUGUCUUUAGUCGCUAUAAUUUUGAAGAAACAGUGCCAGCUGAGGGAAAUACUGUUCAUUUUCAGUUAAAAGUGCUUUGUUGGCAUGCACGUUAAUUGGAAAUAGUUGAUGUUUGUUGAGACUUUAAACACGUAUUUUCCUAACUACUCCGAAACAGAAGGAGCCUUCACUGCACAUGCCAUCUGUGACACUUUGCAGCGGCCAUCUUGUGUCUUUCCAGGCAAUCAGCAUUUGGAUUUGCAAUCAUGACUUGAUGUGUUUUUAUGGAGGGAAAAAGAUUUUCAGACUGCAUCAAAAGGGUUAGAGUGAGUUAAGGUUGCCAGGUUGUUUCUGAUGACAGACUUACACGCUGUUACCACAUUGUUAUUUGAUUGGUUCAGUUACAAAAGUUUGUUUAUUUCAGCUGCCUUUGAUUCUUUACGUCAUUUGCUGCUAUCUUUUUAACUUUUAGUCUUUUUUUUCCUAUUUCUUGUCUUGUUUUUUUUGUGUGUAAUAUCUGAUGAAAUCCCAGCUUGCAGUUUCUGUCAGCAGUAAGUCUCUACAUAGUCUACAUGUAAAUUGUAUAGAGAGAAUUUUAAUUAACAGAAACACAGCUUUCGUCAGGGGAACAUGAAACUUUCAUCCAUUUUUUUUUCUGUGAUUGAUGAAAGGCACAAACUACAAUAAAUAUCGCAAUACUCCCUUUAUUAAAACAUGCGAGUAUAGAUGUUUUGUGUUUCUUUGUUCAGUUACGGUGUCCAUGCUGAAACUAGCUCACUUACCCUUUUGUGACAAUCCCUUUACAGUUAACAUGUUUCCCUUAUUGAAACAUCUUUUGUUUCUGUUGUUUGUUUGUUUUUGUCUUGGGAUGGAGGAAAUAUAAAAUAAUUGCUCUAUAUUUUUUUGCCUUUGGUAAUAUAUAUAAAACACUAAUCUUGUUUAAUGAUGUAUUGGUUGGUAUGUUACAUAAUGUGUCAAAAAUUUUGUUUUAUUAGUUUUUUUUCCCAAGUAACCACAGUUCCAUAAACCGGUGACUGUUAUUGGGAACGUAUAUUGCACCUACAUGAGGUUCUGUGUCCACCGGGAACAUUUUCUUCAAAUCAGUUUCUUGUUGUUUACAGUGGAAAUGACACUCUUCUGAUGCAUGUUUUCCACAGCGCUGGCAGCCUUAGCAUGAUUUAAAUGCUUACACACAGAGCACUAGAGGUUCAGAUUGUUUCAACUUCAAUCAAAAGCCCCCUCUGAUGGGUUUCUUUUUCUUAGUCUUGUACUGUAGUGAGUGCUGAAGCCAUGAGUGGUGUUUCCCACAUGCAACUGUUUAGCGCUGCUCCCUGAAAAGAAAUACCUGGUGGACACAAAACCUAAAGAUGGGGAUUUACACUGAACACUCGCAUCUGAUUCUACACCAUUGAAAGGCUUUUGUGAACAGAAAAAAAAGAGGUCUCAUUUUCAGCCCCUAAGCUACGUAUUAAAAAAAAUCCAAGCCACAUGGGUGUAAAUGAGGAGUUUCAUUGCAAAACAUGUCUGUUUUUUCUGUGCAGGUUCCUCAAAUGUUACCAGUUUGAAACAGUUCAACAGCUUUAAUAACCAUGAAGUGUGUGUACAAUCUGACAAAUGCUUCUUAUUUUGGAAUGAAACUCUCUCAGAUAUGAGCUCGUGUUGUAAAUCCAGUAUUUUGUCGUCUGUUUUAUACUGAUAAUUUUUUUGUCAUUGGGAAUGGUGACGACUGGGACUUGUGACUUUGUUGUGGAUUGAAAAUCGGAAUGAGAGAAUGGAAUAAAAUAUGGAUUUAUCUUAA